GUGCAAUCCUUGCCCAACCAUGCCGCUUGAGCCCAAACAAGCAGUGCCAGCGCGGGUUAGCUGGGAUCCAUGCCACACAGCAGCGGCGCAAAAGCACGCUGUAGCGCAGGACAGCCUCUCCUGCUGCGAGAUGCUGUGGUGCGUCAAGGUUCAAAACAAAGCCGAAAUCGUCGAGUGGAUGCUCAACGACGCCCGCGAGAGCACUCCUCCCUCGGCGUGCGGCAGGGCGCUCUGCUACUGCGAGGACGCGUACCCGCGUCGGCCAAACUGCAUCCAGGACGUCGAUCCGAUUCGGCAGCUCGCCGGAGUGAUGAUUGAGAGCAAAGGCGUUCCGUUGGCCGGCUCGGUCUUCACCAAGCGCUGGAUGGACUUCGACAAGGAGGCGCGCUAUGGCGAGAUCAAGACCUACGGCGGCGCUGGCCACCAGUACAGCGCGUCGCAGUGGAGCGCAGGCUCGAGUUUCCUCUGGUACAUCGGCGCGUGGUGCGACAGGCUGUCGAACCAGAGCUAUGGAUUCCAGUUCUCCGACGAUUGGCGCAGUGCAAGUAUGGUCGUCAAGGUGAACCCUUGCGUCUGCGUGCCCUGGCUGCCCGCGUGGUACACGGUGCCGUCGUGCUGUAUCCUUUCAGACAUGGUGCAGACCGAAGCAUCGGCAGACGGCAGUGAGUGGGACCGAAGGACGGCGACCUGCCCGCUCUGCUGCGGCGACGAGAUGAGGCACACCUACUACCUGCGCAACGUCAUCCAGCCGGACGGGACCCCGGGCAAAUUCCACGCCGAGCUGGAGGCACUGGCCGACGAGAAGAUGGUCACAGCACGGUGAAAGGCCGAGACAGGCCGCUCGGCGACGAAUGCUUAUGGUGUCGAAUGGUGUCGAGUAGUUCAUUGCAUAGACCGCCCAGACUUUGCCCCGUGGGAGAGUGCAUGGAUGCCAAGUGCGCGAUCUCUCCCGUCUCCAUUUGCGGAGACAGGACGCUGAUGACUGGUCGCGUACCGGGGCGUGUGUGACACGGUGCGUGCGGUUUUUGAUCGAGAUUUUUGAAUUUGGUCGUCGCGCAGCUGAUACAGCUCUCUCUCUAUGUAUCAUUGCUAUCUGC